CUCCGGGCCCGAUCUGCUGCUUCUUCCUCCUCCUGGUGUGUUCCGCCUGGACACGCGACCGCCCCGAGAUCACGAAGAAGGACGAACCCACUGUGACGUCAGCCCGCAGAGGGGAGGAGGUGUUUGACCUCUGACCCACGGCUGGAGAUGGACAUGGACAGCUGACGGCGUCUCCCUGCCGAGGACAUCGUCCGUGAGCUUUCAGUCUGAGAACGACAAACUUCCUUAAACAUGGACAAAACUGCCGACCUGCUUCCCCCCAGCCUUGAAGCUGCCAUCCUGAAGCUCGACCCUGAGGAUGGUGAACAGAUCAUGGAGUAUUUCAAAACUCACGCCCUGCUGUCAAGAGAGAAAGCUCUCCUGCAGACGUCGGUACGAGAGCAGAAGAAGCUUCUGGUGGAAAAUGCCAAACUGAAGAAAGACAUCGAACAGCUGAGAGGACAACUACAGGACAAACAGAGGAGACGCAGCGUCAAGGCCCCGCCUCCUCGGAGUCUUAGCCCCGCCCCCGAAUCCCCUGUCAGUCAACCAAUCAGAGAGAAGCAGAGCAGGAGGAAACGUGGAGAGAGGAAAGGAGAGGAGGACUCUCUCUCUCUGGGGGCGGAGUCUCGGGACGACGUGUCACGUCUAGACCUGAGAGUCGGACGAAUCCUCAGCGUCCGGCGCCACCCGCUGGCCAACGCCUUGACAGUCCAGGAAGUGGACGUGGGAGAAAACGCUCCACGGACGGUGGUCAGUCAGCUGGGAGGGACGACACACCUGGAGCAGCUCCAGGGGUCUCUCGCUGUGUUGCUAUGCAACGUCAAGGCCUGUAAGCUGAGGGGCGUGGUCUCCCAGGCCCGUCUCAUGUGUUGCUCCGCCCCCGACGACUAUGUAGAGCUGUUGGCCCCGCCCACGGGCUCCGCCCCCGGAGACCGAGUCACCUUCCUGAACUACCCCGGUGAGCCGGACCGGGAGCUCCAGGCCAAGGAGAGGGUUUGGGAGCUGGUGCAGCGCCACCUGCAGGUGGACAGUAGGGGCGUGGCCAACUACAAACGCUGUGGGUUCGAGGUGAAGGGGAAGGGCCUGUGUCGAGCCCCGUCCCUCACCAGCUGCCCCAUCAGAUAGAGACA